UCCUCGGAAAAACCUCGUUUUUUAUGUGGUUAUCUGGGGGUUUACGUCACUCAGAUGACAAAUUCGGACAUGAGACAGUCUUUGAUCGCAAAAAUAGAAGACAUUGCUGAUGUGCUCGCAAAGGACAAUUAUCCCAGCGAUGAAAUGUUGGUGGGACGAGCUGGUUACCUUAGUGGCGUAAUGUGGAUCAGUGGUGAUCUCGGGGUUUACGUCACUCAGAUGACAAUUCCGGACAUGAGACAGUCUUUGAUUGCAAAAAUAGAAGACCUUGCUGAUGUGCUCGCAAGGGACGAUUAUCCCAGUGAUGAAAUCUUAGUGGGACGAGCUGGCUACCUAAGCGGCGUGAUGUGGAUUAGGUAG